AUUGGUUCACACAUUCUCCCAUCAACAAUUUUCAGGGCUUUCGUUUCCAUAUCGAUUAUCGCACCACGAUGAGCUACAUCCCGGGCCUUCCGCCGGGCUUCCGGUUCGACCCAACCGACGACGCGCAGCUGAUUCUCGACUACCUCUGUCCCAAAAUCAGCCAAGACCCGAACCGGUUCCACCCAAACACCAACGUGGUGUUCGAAGCCGAUCUCUACGACGACGAGGAGAGGUGGAAGCACUGGUUCGACCUGACGGGCGAGUCGAGGCUCUACUUCUUCACCCGGCUCAAGAGGAAGAAGAAGGAGAAGGGGAAGCGCGUGGAGCGGAGCUUCGGGCAGAGCGUGUGGAAGUCGCAGAAGGACGACAAGAUCAGCCUCGUCCUCGUCCCCGGCGAGAAGGAGAUCGAGAUCGGCACCAAAAGGUCCUUCUCGUACAAAGUGAAGGACGACGACGGCGGCGCCGGCGGGAGUAGUAGUAAUAGGGAAAGUGAGAGCAACGGGUGGGUGAUGCACGAGUUCAAAAUCAAUGGAGAGUUGGCUAAGUGUCUUGGUGUUGAUGGCGACGGUGGUGGUGAGGAUUAUGUUAUUUGCUGCGUGAGGAAGAAGGAAGAGGGGAAGAGUAAUGGCGGUGGCCAGUGGCCGGAGAUCGAGCUGAUUGAUGCUUCGCCGUGGACUGCUGUCUAGGUCCAAGACGACGAUUCGGAUAUUUCUGUUCGAGAACGGAUAGAGUGAGUUAGGGCAAGAUUUCUUGAUUUUUUUUUUGGUAGAAUUUUUGAAUUUUUCUUUAAUUAUAUGUAGAAGAAAUAUAAAAUUUCGCA